AUGUAUGUAGACCAAUUUGGGAAUAGUAACAUACAGGAAUGGUUAGAUGAACACAAAGACGAGUUUUUUGGUAACGUACAGGAAGAAGUACUUGAUGGUGCAGGACUGGUUAAUGAAGUUGCAACAGGGCAUCAGGAUGUGGGUGACACAAACGAUGACGAAGCGAAUGGCGGCGAUGAUGACGACGAAAAUGAGGAUGUCGAUGACGAUGAGGAUGACCAUCAGAAGCCUCAUUUUUUUUAUAAAGGGCAUUGGCAGGUCAUAUCUUGUGGGGGGAUGAAGUUUGAGGCAAGGAAAAUAGACGAGGCGUUUACUGUUGAUGUUGAAAAAAAGGAAUGCAGCUGCAGGCUAUGGCAACUUAAUGGAUAUGGCUGCCCAAUCCAUGGUAUGAAUGGGAAAAAUUUGUGGCCUUCUACUGACUUGAUACCCCCUUUGCCUCCAUUGAAAAGACGUAUGCCAGGCAGGCCAACAAUAAAGAGAAGAAGAGAUGCUUCUGAACGGAUGGGAAAACACUCUGUCUCCAAGGCAGGGAAGAAAGUUUCUUGUAGUAUAUGUAAGGAGAAAGGACACAACAAGGCAACUUGUAGUAAAGGUAUAGGGACAUCCAAACAAAAUGGAACAAAGAAACAAAAAACUAUACCUGCGCAGGAGUCUGUAAACGUUGCCACAGGGGUUGGGGAUGAUGAGGUAAUGGUAGAUGCUAGUGAUGCUUUGGAGAGGACUGGUAAGGAAGAGCAGAUGGUGGGAGUCAAUGGACGGGAGGAAGGGGUGAAGAUCAAUGCUCGUGUUCAUCAAGUCAAGCAUGUUAAACCGCCUACCAAACGAAAGAAGUCAGAAAGAAUCAUUAAAAUGAAGCUUGCCAAAAAUGUGGGAGGUGAAGGUAGCAGUCUUGCAACGGCCAUGGAGUUGGAUUAG